AUGGGCUGUGACUGUGUGUUGCAGAUGAGCCAUGAAAGGCCCUUCAAAGUCCCCAGUCCUGCUGCUCAGCCCCUGCCUCAGGAACUGGGUAUAAGUUUGCACUCUGGCACCUGCAACUUCUCGGAGCUGGGCCAGCAAAUUGUGGCCACAAAUGUGCCCCCUGAAGAUCAGGACGGCUCUGGAGAUGACUCUGACAACUUCUCUGGCUCAGGCGCAGGUCCUUUGCAUGAGAUCACCUUGUCACAGCAGACCACUUCCACCUGGAAGGACCUGUGGCUCCUGACAACUACGCCCAUGGCCCCAGAGCCCACUGGCAGGGAUGCCAUAGCCACCUCUGCCCCCAUCCUGCCAGCUGGAGAGGGGCUCGAGAAAGAAGAGGCAGCAGUCCUGGCAGAAGUGGAGCCGGGCUUCACCGCCCGGGAGAAGGAGACCGCCCCCCCACCCAGGGAGACCACACAGCUCCCAACCACUCCACAGGCCUCCGCAGCCAAAACCACCACAGCCCAGGUGGCUGCCACCUCCCAUCUCCACAGGGAUCUGCAGCCUGGCCACCAUGAGACCUCAGCUCCUGCGAGACCUGGCCAGCCUGACCCUCCCACUCCCAGCAUAGAGGCCAGAGGUCCUACUGCCACAGAGAGGGCUGCUGAGGAUGGAGCCUCUAAUCAGCUCCCGGUAGAAGAGGGCUCUGGGGAGCAGGACUUCACCUUCGAAAUAUCUGGGGAGAACACGGUUGUGGGGGCUGCGGAGUCUGACCAUCGGAAUCAGCUCCCUGUGGAUCAAGGGGCCACAGGGGCCUCACAGGGCCUCCUGGACAGGAAGGAAGUGCUGGGAGGGGUCAUUGCUGGAGGCCUGGUGGGGCUCAUCUUUGCCGUGUGCCUGGUGGGUUUCAUGCUGUACCGGAUGAAAAAGAAGGACGAGGGUAGCUACUCCUUGGAGGAGCCGAAACAAGCCAACGGUGGGGCCUACCAGAAGCCCACCAAGCAGGAGGAGUUCUACGCCUGACGCGGCAGCCAUUCUCCCCUCCCCCAGCACUCACCAGGCCCCCACUUGCCUCUUCUGUGAAGAACUGCAGGUGGCCUCCCUGCCACCAGGCCACCUCUCCAGCACCCUGGAGCAUGCUGGGGACCUCCAUUCUGCUUCUCUGACUUCUGCAUAGAGACUUGGGGCACAAAGGGUUUCUCGCAUACGACUUUUCCACCACAGCCAGCACCUGGCAUCU